UUUUGCAACCGAUAUUCUUUAGCUAAACCAUGGAUAGACACAACCAAGAAGCGGGGGUAUUUAUAGAACGAGAAAGUUGAUAAUCCCCCAAAACAGACUUAACCAUAGGUAUCGGGUAUGUCUAAUGGAGAUGAAGUACUUGACCGCAAUUGGCCCACUGAAGAUUUUGUAGAUGUUGAUGAGCGUAUCUCCAAUUUGCAGCAGUCUGUGGAUUGUCUCGAGGCUUUAGUGUUGCACAUAUCCAACGCAAAUUUACAAGUCUCGUCCAAUUCCUUCACUUUCUCUGAAACUAGUAGUCAACUGGACAGUGAUACAGAAUCUGAUGAUACUGAAUCCAGUGGGGUCAGUGAAGAUGAAGAUGUAGAUGAAUCAGACUAUUCCCAAAAAUCAGAAGAUUCUAGAGAAUCAGAUAGUGAAAAUGGUUCUGAUGAAGCAGAAAGUGUCCUUGAAGAUUCAGAGGGAGACGAUGAUGCAAGAGCUUGUUUUCCAUGUCCUUUUUGUUACGUGGACAUCGAGGUUCACUUAUUGUGCGGCCACCUGCAGGAAGAACACUGCUUCGAUUUGAAAAAUUCAGUUUGUCCUCUAUGUGCAGCAAAUCUAGGAAGGGAUGUUCUUGGACAUUUCAUUGUGCAGCAUGCUAGCUCCUUGAAGCGCAGGAGAAGAUCUCAGAAGUUAGGCCACUUGACGGGUAGUUCAGCAAUGCUUGGCAGGGAACUUAUCUCAUUUCUUGGAUCUUCAACGAAUGCUGGGGGAAGUUUGCGAGGAACUAUACCUGAUCCUGUCCUUUCACCUUUUUUCUGCAGUGCUUCUUUCACAGGCCCCAAUGGUUUCCAGCCAGAAGAUUACUGCAGUGACAAGGUCUCUGGCUUCUUUGAAGUGAAAAGUUCCGAGCACUCGUUCCUGGAUGAAGUUCAUGAACAGGAUAAAGAGGAGCGAAGAAAGAGAGCAGCAUUUGUUCAACAGUUGAUUCUGUCAACCAUCUUCUAAAACGGUAAGCAAAUGUCAUGAAGUUUGCAGGUUAUACUGAUUCCAGCCUUGCAUCACUAAUUGAUCAGGAUGCUGUAUCAACAAAACUGGGUUUUGAGUACCAGUACGUAACUUCAAGGAAUUGGGUCAUUUCAUAUUUUAGAUGUUUUAGGGAAAAAUUGUUGCUGAAAAUGGCCCAUGAUCACAGCAUGAUCAUUUGUAUGUAUUAUGUCCAUGUAAAUUUAACCUGUUACAGAGGCUACCAUCUAUAAUGAGUAGAGAAGCUCAUCUUCCUCCAUUUGCCAAA